ACAAUAAAGACCCGGAUGUUUGAAGCAGUUUGUGUUGAUGCUCAUUAAAGUGUUGUAGAAUAUUUUCAUGUUUUUAUUUGUUUUAUUUACGUGAUUAAAAAGACUUCAUCAUAACAUGACGUCUGUGAUGAUGAUGAUGAUCCUCUUCAUCUUUAUCACAGACCUUCAUUUGAACUGAUUCUAAUGUCUGAUGGUUGUAGAGACAGAACAGCUGAACAGAGACGUCCUGACCAGAAAAAUCUGACCCUCUCACUUCUGCUUUAAAGACUUUCAGUGGAUGUUUUCUUCCUGUUUUCUCCACUUCCAGUUUCUCAACAGCUCAGCACGUCUGAGUCCUCACCACAGAGACUCUGACAGGCAGCUCACUGGUUUAUACUGGGAGACUGGUGGAACCAACCAGAACCAGUUCUCCAGGCUCUGCUGCAGGUUCCACUGCUCUCCAGCCAGUCUGGGGUCAGGUUCCUGAAAACCUGUUUGAGGACCAAACUAAAUCCACGUUCCAGGUCCUGUCAGUGGUUGAAGCUGGACGAACCACAGACGUCCUCAGAAGACGGAGCGUUCAGAGGGAGCUGUGGUCCCACAUCAGACUGAAGGACUGACUCGGUGUUUGGAUCAGUUGGAUCCACUUUGGGCCUCUGACAGACCGGAUGUGUUGGUUCCUGCUCUGAACAAAGGACCCAGUCUGGAUAAAGCUGCAUUAACAGAGUCCUGCCCUCAGGUCAGCAGCACGGUGACAUGGAGGGCGGCCCAGGAAGACUCGGACACGCAAACAGGAAGUGAAGCUGAAGGCGUCGCUCUGCUGCUCAGACUGACAUUCAGUCGUCAUCCAGACAACAUGAAGACUCCGUCUGUGUCUCUGCUCCUCGGUGUGUCUGUGCUGCUGCUGUCUGGACUGACUGUUUCUGCAGUCUCUCUGAAUGUCAGUCCAAACCUUCAGCAGUUCUUCUCUGAAGACUCUGUGUCUCUGAGUUGUGUUGAAGAUGGACAGACAGUAAAGAGGACCAGAGGAGGACAGACUGAGGACUGUGGACCAGCUGGUUCCUCCUGUAUCAUCUCAGAUCUGUCCUCAUCAGACUCUGGAGUUUACUGGUGUGAAGACAGAGCUGGACACAGGAGCCAGAACAUCACUGUAACUGUUCCAAAAGGUGUUCCAGUUAUUCUGGAGAUCCCUGCACUUCCUGUGAUGACAGGAAGUGAUGUCACUCUGCGCUGUAGAGACAAAGCUCACGUCAGAUUCAAGGCUUUUUUCUUCAGGGAUGGUGUCCUCCUUAGAUCUGGACCUGAUGGAGAACUCACCCUCAGUAAAGUCCAACAGUCUCAUGAAGGUCUCUACUGGUGUUCUACUGAUGAGUUUGGAUCAUCUCCUCAGAGCAGACUGAGGGUCAGAGCUCCUCCUCCUCCUCCUCCUCCUCCUCCUUCCUCUCCUCCUCCUUCAUCUCUUCCUCCUCCUCCUUCAUCUCCUCCUCCUUCUCCUUCCUCUCCUCCUCCUCCUCCUCCUCCUCCUGCCUCCUCUGUCUCUGUGCUCAGACUCUUCUGCCAUCUAGUGGUCUUCUGUCCGUACUGCAUCUGCUCCGUCCUGCUGGUGUCCAUCUGCUGCAGCAGGAAGACAGGAAACAAACCAGCCAUCUCCAUGGAGACGACCCCACCUGUUGGAGGAGGAGGAGAGGAUGAAGAGUAUGAUGACAUCACUGCUGAUGUCACCACUGAGCAUGAGCUGUGAGCUGCAGAGACUGUGUUUGAUCAGGCUUCACAGUUAAAGGAUGAAAUGAUCAGUUCAUCACAACAAAAUCAACAAAAGUCAUGUCAAGGCGCUUUUCACACAGAGCCUCUCUUCUCUUUAGAUUAUUAAAGUUAAAGAGAGAGACCCAACAGAUCCACCAUGAGCAGCACUAAGAGACUGUGGAGCAGAACCAGACUCAGGUUCCUUCAUAUCCUGGUGUAGUUGUCCCUGUGUGGAGCAGCUGACAGAGAUCAGCCAGCAUCGUGUCUCUCUGUGUCUUUCUGCUGUUCUGUCUGAAUAAAGAAUCAACCAAG